UCUCUAGUUCCAUUCCUCUAAGUUGUAACUUGUAAGAUAGUGUCAAUAUGUUUCUAUUCGUUGUUACUUUUCUUCCAGUGCUGAUCUCGGCCGCUCAUACGGGCCAGUCUCUAGGAACAACUACAACUCCGUCGGCCGAAUCAGUUCUCCUCAAUCUAGCUGCUUCCGCUGACGAAACCAUAGGACAACCAAAGAUCGACACUAAAUUCUCUUGCGCGAAUCGUCAAUUCGGCUACUAUGCUGAUAUAGGAAAUGACUGCAAAAUCUACCACAUCUGCAACCCAUCAAUCGUUAACGAGACCGAGCAUGUCGUCAUCCAAUACUCAUUUUUCUGCCCGGUUAACCAGGUUUUCGAUCAGCAGGCUCAUGCCUGCGCCCUUACCUCUACCACGCCGUGUCACCUAUCCGAGCAGUACUACAACAUAAGAAUUUUCACUGGCAGCGCCCACAUCCCUGUAAACACUAAACCCGUUGCGACCACUCAUGUGCCCGUUGAAACCACCGUCGCUCGCGAAACGAUACCUCCAGUCGUUGGCGAGACGGUUGCCCCAGUCACUAGCGAGACGAUCGCUCCAGCCGUUCACAAAACGACUGAUCCUGUCGUUCACGAAACAAGUGCGAAAAAAUCUGCGCCUGUUUACAAGGUCACAGUACCCAUCGCUAAUACAGGGGUUGAACCUGAGGCAACUCUGACCUACCGGACGUCACAACCUACUCAAACUUCUCAACCCGUUCAGAUGAUUCAGUAUGUGCAACAGCCUACUCUGAAAAUUCACCGUUCCCAGCAGCCACAGCCGCAGGAACAGGCCAGUCAACAGCUUUACUACACUACCGACCCGGGCAGUCAGCAAGCGCUGUACAUCAAGCACUUCCCCGAGCCGAACUACCAUAUGCUUCCUGACGCCACUUUUCAUAAGGUUCUCCGAUUUGGUUAAAAAUCAUCGUAGUUGUAGAAAUAUCUAAAUAUCUAAAAGAGUCUCAUGUGGCGGAGGAGUUGGAUCGACGUAACUUAGCAUAAAUCCUUAUUGAUACAAGUCGCUUCAGCGUUCAGAAGCAUAUUACUGUCGCCGGAAAAUAUCUUUCGUAGCUGCUUUUCUGGUAGUCACUUCGCGAACUCCGUGUUGAUGUUCAUUUUGAUUACAUGACAUAAAAAAACCUGUUGAAAAUUGUUGUGAAAUUUAAAUAGAAAUUCAGUUUUGCAAACGCGCAUAGGAAGAUAGCUGAAUGAACAUUAGUAUUUAAAAAAACUAAAUA